AUGAGCGAAGUUAGUAAAACCAAGGAUCCAAAUAAGGAUUCUCAGUCAAAAAGCAAGAGCAGGCGACAAAAAAAGUCGAAAGGGGGUGCAUCCUCCAAUGUUAGCGAUGAAAAGAUGGAACGGCAAAUUGUUGUUAUGCCUGAACUUGGAAAGAAGCUUCGUCUUAUGAACGUUGAUCAAAAUGACAAUGGUCCAACGAGCACACGUCAUGAUUUACCAUCGAGACGGCGGAGUCAACAAAGAUCAUCUAGCCGGCAUUCUGCAGAGGUCCCUCCUUCUGUCAGCAUGACUAAAUUGGAGAGCAAAAUGGAACGGAGUCAGAGGCAAUCGGGAUUCAGCUCACCAUCGGCUGAUUCAGAAGGGAGAAGAAGAAGGCAUUCUCACCGCAAUUCAUCACCAAACCAUGGCGGUGGUACUAGUAGACGAGGACAUCGUAGUAGAAGGAGCUACAAAAGAAGAUCUUCUCAUGAUUCAUCAGCUUUGAAAUCCACAAUGGGGUCCGACUCAGGCGAUGACACGACUGCAGAAUUGACAUUAUCCUUCAAUAGCAGAUCCAUUCAUGAUCUGGCUUCGAUUGCCCCCGAUAGCGCAUCCCAGGAAUCAUCCCAAGACAUAACCGUUGACCCAUUGCCUGGUGCCUUUCGUGUGAGCAGCGAGGGAGAGGUCAGCGUUCCAUGCUCUUCCGCAGACGGACUCUUUGACGGAGAUGACGAGGACAUCGAUAUUCAGACAAACUCGAUAUCUGCAGGUACUUUCUGGUCUACCAGUGACACAAUCACCAUGUCUACCAGUUACGGCGAAAGAUCACGAUCUGGAACCAUCACCGCGCACAGCAGAUCGAAUAAUCCUAGAACUGGUAGUAGGUCUAUUCUCAGGUCCGUAUCUGAGGAACAUGGAAUCAUGCUCGAAGCCAUGGUUGCCCGAGAUUACGGAGACGAGCUAAAAGAGGCAAGACAACGAGGGCGGGAAGAAGCACUCGAAGAAGUGAUUGGUAGUAGACAUCGCACUGCUGAGAUUGCUGUUGCCAUGCCAUCAGACAAUGGUAAUCAUGAUGAGGACGAAGAUGGCGGCAAGGGCAACAAACGAAAUACAUUUUGCUUAGCUCUUAUUUGUCUUGGGAUAUUGAUAACAGCAGUUUGUGUGAGCAUAGCCAUGCUACUACUUGGGUCGAAACCAGAGGUUUCUUCACAACUUGAUGAAAAUGAAGAGUCAAACGCUAAAGUCGUUGUUGUCUACACACCGCCGACGCAAGAGGAAUGCGAAGCGAUCGCCACAGGUAUCAUUUUGGAUGAUCAAUUAUCAUUGGUUCAUAAGUCUUUUUACAUCCAUUACGAUAUCACACUUGCAUCCGACGAAGAUCUUGCUCCUCUAUUCAAUGCCAUGAUGCGGCAUAUCCAAGAAAAUCUUAUACCGAUCAUGGCAGGUUGUGGAGCAACUGAUUUUCUCGGCACACCCAUCGCCUUGGACGAUGGUCUCAAGAAUGCAACGAACGCCAUUGUAAACGGGAAGGUAGCAAAAGAAUCGGAAGCGUCCUGCAGCAGUGAUGGCUCAAGUGACAAUUGUCGCAGCUACGUCCUCCUCUUGGAUCUGUACUUGAACGAAGAAAAAACCAGUUCGAGUCUGAUUGAGGUGAUACGAGAUUCUGUCAAUGGCGAAGAACUAGCGGAAGCACUUGGAUUUCAAUUUCCCGGUGUGGAUAUGGAGGUAAAUGUUCCUCUGAUCGUGUCAACAAUAGACGCAACCGUAGUGCCGAGUACUUCUUAUGAUCUUAUGACAGCUGUCCCAACAGAAGCACCUACACCCCAUCCACAUAAGUUCGAGCCAUCGCGAUUUGUAUCGAGAACUGUCUCACCAACAAUGGGACUGCCAGUCACGAGCCCAGGAACCACAUCUAGCCCAAGCAUGAUGCCAAUAUCUCCAUCAUUGCUAUCUUUUGAGCCAACCAAAGGCAAUGGCUCUACGCAAAUUGUAACUCCAAGCCCAACGGACAAUUUGAGCAACACGGUCACCACAAGAUCUACAAGAAGCCCAACACCAUUUCCAACACCUUUACCAACACCGUUACCAACAUCACUACCAACACCUUCAACUACAUUAGUUGGUUCUAACCCAACGAAAGCACCGACAAGGCAUCCUACAAGAAGUCCAACACGAAGCCCGACUCUAUCGCCUAGUAUGAUGUUUAGAACUCCAACACCUGAAAUUAGCAAGUCACCAACAGAGUCCCCAAGCUCUAGCCCAAGCUUGAUUAGUACUCCUGCUCCAACAAAGACACCGAGUCUGGCACCCACAAACGUCCCAAGUUCGAUUCCAAGCAAGCUUCCUAUAUCUGCGCCAUCGGUUUUCCCAUCCUCUUUGCCAUCGGUGUUCCCAUCCAAGGCGCCCACCAAGUCGCCCACUCUGGCGCCCACAACAACCGCUGGUGGCGGUACCUGGUGUUGCUCCAACAGCUUAACAACUUGUGACGUUGCAGCUGGCUCCUGUAAUGUCAAUCAAUUUGCAUGCGAAGACAGUUGUCUCGGCACUUGGAUACAAGAGAAUUCCUGCACUGGACUGGCACGGUGGUCCGAGUGCACCAAUGAUGUGACUGGAUGCUGUGCCCCGGCCGUGUGUACCAAUCAAGGACCAUCCUACAAACAAUGCAUAUAG